UAUUCGUUGGGAACGUCUCGCGGUACGUUGCGUUCGGGGUUUUGCGCUUGCCGCGUGUGCAGAUCGUGUGUCUACUUGGUGCUGUAUUGAUCUUGAACCGCUGAUACCUACAAGGGGAUAUAGGAAAGGGAAUUCCCUUCCGUACGAGGACGACGACGGGUUUUGUGUGACUUACCGGCAAUUGUGUGAUUAUGGUGGCAUUACAGUGCAGUGAAUAGUUUCUAGUUUCUCCCGAUCGCAAUGGGAAUAAGAAUGUGCCACCAAAGUGCGAUGUUCCGGAUUUGACGAGAUCAACGAUCGAUGAUCUAGAUUCAGUGCGAGAUUUAGAGGCACGAAGAGAUAGCCCGUAGCGUAUGUGGAUGCAGCUGAGCCUCGGCCAGUCAGUGUUCUGAUUUUCCGGAUGCCCCGUAAUGUUGACCUAGCUGAUUAGCAGGUCUGAUCCAGAGCCCAAGAGUGUUAGUUCAGUUAGUGCUUCAGUACAAAUGUGUCAAAAAACAAGAAGAUACGUGCCCCGGGCCUCGGGAUCGAUCGAGCAAAACAAACAGAAGCGGUGCACUUCUUGGCUUGGCUUUCGGUGUUCUUCCUGAAGCGAAUACAGGCAGUGCUGUUUACCCGGUGGGGAUCCGCGCGAAGAUUUGUUAAUGAUGUGUGUUUGGAACAGAUCGGUAGCUGGUUGCUGAACUAGAUGCUACGUGCUGUUACCGGUGUUAGAGCCUUGGCGCACGGGAUAAUGGUGGUUGUGUUCCAGUUCCAGGAGGCGCAAGGCUAGUUCGUGGAACUCCGGCUGAAGGGGUUCGCCACGGUUGUGACUCUGAUUAGUGCGAAACUGGCUAAUGAACGGAAACACUCUCGGUGUGAAGUGCAUCUUACGAAUUGGAACAACGCUGUGUUCCAACAUAGGUGAUCAAAGGACUUGGAAAGUGUUCGAGUGCGGGAUACAGUGCAAGAGUUUCAACCACCCCCUACCGGUGAUCGCGGUGGAAAUACUAGAGCAGUCUCCUCGUCCGGACGGGACGUGUCAUCUUCCAUCGUCUUCGUCUCACAAAAAAAAACAGAGCGACUGUCUCGAAACAACCUCUCAACCUUCGAACAUGGAAACGGAACGGUGGCCAACGGUGUUUAACGGUUGCAACGUGCUUAUGAAGGGGGAUUAGACGGUUGUCGGUUGUGAUCCCGCUACAAAUUGUCCGACGGGAGAAAUCAGGUUCGUCGUUUGGCGACGGCGCGUUGAUGUCAUUUGAACAAGAAGAACAGUGAACGUUGUAUGGAUUUGUGAGAAAUAUACAUAGGUAUUCACUUUCGAGCGAAGAAACUUUCGAAACAAUUUCGAGAUUCAUGAGAUCGGAAUACACGGACCAGGGUGGGGAGCGAUAUACUUCCCGGGUAUCGGCAGUAGGAGGGCAGCAAUCGAACUUCAAAAUGUUCACCAGAUUCGACGCCAACAAAUCAACCAAAGGAGCCUCCAAGCUGCGGCGCGAUCUGAUCAACUCGGAGAUCGCCAACCUGCGGGAUCUGUUGCCGCUGCCGCAGUCCACCAGGCAGCGAUUAUCCCAACUGCAGCUGAUGGCACUGGUUUGUGUCUACGUGCGGAAGGCUAAUUACUUUCAGCAAGCGCUUAAACGUAGCAUUGAUAUUGGACUGCAUACAGCUCCCACACCAAAUAUUGGAUUCUCCAAGGCCAUGUCCGGUUUCCUGAUGAUGCUUACGCAAAAUGGGAAGCUACUCUACAUUUCCGAUAAUGCGGCCGAGUACCUGGGACAUUCGAUGGAGGAUCUUCUCAUACACGGUGACUCGGUGUACGACAUCAUCGACAAGCAAGACCACGGUGCCAUCCAGUCGGAACUGGGUCGCGGAGUCCCGCAGCACCAAACCAGCCAUCACAGUCACCAUGGGCACGCGGCCUCCUCCCAACUGGACGGGGAGCAGCGGAUAUUCCUUUGUCGGAUGAACGUCAGCCGGAAUGCCCGGCGACAGAUGCGGUUCGGCGAUCAAAAAGUCGUCCUCGUUCAGGGACACUACCUCUCGUACCUCCCGUUGUGCAGUCGGAACGAACCGGUGUUCAUCGCAACGUGUACCCCAAUCGCCAUGCCGGAGACCCGGGAGUGCGUCGUCCAAGGGGCAACCAACGUCUUCACUACGAUCCAUUCGAUGGACAUGAAGAUUGUGCAUAUCGAUAAGAACGGCGAAUUCCAUCUCGGGUACAAUCGCAACGAAUUGCAGGGCAUUUCAUGGUACCAGUUGCUGCACUGGGAAUCGACGCGGGAGGCUCAAAGCAAACACCGACUGAUUACCCAAUCGGAGCAGGACCGUUCCUGUAUUCUGCUGGUCCGAAUGCAGCGGCGACAAAACGACUUCAUCUGGGUGCACGUGGUUCUGCAGGUCCGCGAUGGUCAGGAUUCGAGCCAACAGUCGGUGAUCGUUUGUACGAACCAGGUUUUGAGGUAG